AUGGCUGGAAAUGAGAGUCAUGGAAGACAUGUAGACGAUUUAAUUGCAAUAAUAAAUGAACAGGUGGAGUAUAAUCAAGCGGAUUCAGAAUCAACCACUGCUGCAAUAAACUUAUUGUGUAGAUUUGCAUUGGAAGCUGGUAGGUUCUUUGGAAGUAAUGUGAAGAGUAAUGUAGAUAGAUGGAAGUUUUUGGUGUCAAAGUAAAGAGAAGAUACUAUUCUUCAUUUUUUAAUAAGCAUUUUUGGAUUAAUUUGAUUUGAACUAAAAGAAUUUGUCUAUUUUAUGUUACACUUCACAUUAGGUAUUGUUGUUUGAAAUUUAGGUAUCAAGGGGUAUAUUUUGCAAGAAGAAGUAUGUUUUUGGUGUUAAAUUAAAGGGAAGGCAUUGUGGUAGCAUAAUUGUUAACACAGGUUUUUUAUUACUUUUGUUUUACACUCAAAAAUCACGUUUAUAUUAUGUUACACGAAAUAAACUAUAUUUUAUUGCGUAAAAAAUAGUUGUAAAGAUUGAAUUCAGUGUAUUAUUCAUUGAUAUUGUAAUGUUUUAGGUGACAAGAAGACAUUUGAGAAGUCAUGGAGGUUUUUGGAGACAGUUUUAAGUCAGUUUAAUCUUCUGAAGGCUCUACGAUGUGAUAUAUCUCCAAACAUUCUUGAAUGGAUGUCAAAUCCAGAAAAAAUACUGGACACUGCUAAAGUGUUUGGUCGUAAGAUAAUAAAACAAUCUUCACCAUAUCGAUGUGAGCUCAACAAGGCUUGUGCUCCAACCUUCGUCACAUGGGAUUUGUAUCAAGUGACGAAGUGGCAUCAAUUUUACUAUGGCACGGUACCAUCAUUAGAUUUGGACGUUAUUGACCCCACCGCCUUUGAUAUAGUGAUAACGUUGAUCAGGACGUUAGGAGCCUUUGCCAAACACACUUGUGAAUCUCAAAUUUUAGAAGUUAUAUUCAAAUAUUGUCCGACUUUUCGAAUGCCAAGUUUUGAGACAGUUUUGGAGGAUAACUCAUUGAAAUUGCUGGACAAUUGGUUAAACUUUGUCAAUUUAUCUGUGGAAAUCGGGACUUUGAUCAAACAAACGUCGGAGAAUGUGAAUGCAGAUGAACAACAUCACGAUGUGCUACAUCAUAAUCAAGACGACUUUGAGCAGUGUCUGGUCGAGACUAUACGACAUGCAUUGAGUCAUUGUCGAAAGUUCAUAUCGGUUUGCGAAAUCCUGGAGGAAAUUAUUCAAAAUCGAAGCGAAACGCGGAAUCUGGUUCGAAUUCUGGACAGAUUAAGGGAGCUGGCUCAACGGUGGGUUGUGUAAACAAAGUUUUUACUUCUAUUGUUUUUGUUUUGUAAACAAAUUUCGGUUUGAGGUGAUAAGUUUUUGAAAUUUUUGGAGGUAAUAUGCUUUUGAUUAAUUUUUGGUAACAAAAAUUAAUUCUUAAAACUUUUGAUCUAAAUUUUAAUUUUAAUAUUUUUUUUGUGUUAGAACAUGUUGACAUGUAAAAUACGGUAUAAAAUUGCUCACUAUCUAAAUUGUUUUAGCUUUUUCACCAAAUCCAUAAAUUACUACCAACAAAGCUUUGCAUUGUCCUUACAAACCCAGUCUACAGUUUCCGAGCUGUUCUUGCACAUGGUAGACUCGUUUAUCGAAUAUAAUGACACAAAAGCGUUAUAUGAAGUGGCCAAGGACAUGGUUGUGACUUUGAACAGGAUUAAUGUGCACAAGUUGAACAUGAAUUGUCCUGCCAGGCUGGUCUUUUGCAUUUUUUCGAAGAUCAUGGAACAUCUGAAACGGGAUUCGUAAGUUGAAGCUAGUUUUGGUUUGGCAGAGUAAGGGUAUUGUAGGAUAGGGUAGAGUAUUAUAGGUUUGGGGAAAGGAAUUAAGCUUUGGCGAGUUAGGGUACGAUAAAGUAGAUAGGGCAAGGUAUGGUAGGGUAAUGUAGGGUAGGGUAAUGUAGGGUAGGGUUGUGUAGGGUAGGGUAAUGUAGGGUAGUGUAUUAUAGGGUAGGGGAAAGUGGGGUAAGCAUUGGGAAUUUAAGGUACGGUAAAGUAGAGUAGGGCCAGGUAAUGUAGGGUUGUGUAGGAUAGGGUAGGAUAAUGUAGGGUAGGGUAAUGUAGGGUAGUGUAAGAUAAGGUAGAGCUUUUUUAAGUCACAAAUUUUAAAUUUGCGAAAUUUAUAGUGACGUCUUCGAGCACCUUCUAGAUCUAACAUCAAUAUGUCCAAAAGGCUUCUGCGAAUGUAUAGAUCAAGCAUCUUUCCUGAAAGUCAUAAUGAUACCAGUCUACACAGUAGAACACGUCACAAGGCUGUCGAAGCUAGUUGAAUAUCAUUUUAAUCAGCCAAAAGAAGAAAGUAAAGUGGAUUUGAGACAUGUCUGGCUACUUUUCGACCAAUGGUUGGGAAUUAAAAACGUCGCAGUAGCUUUGGCGGUGCUAAAAAUGUUCUAUCACUUGACUAGUAGUAGGUUUGGGUGGGGUGGAUUUUGAUUUUUUGAAAUUUUUUUAUUUAAAUUUUUGAUUUUGGUCGAUUUUAAAAAAAAUAAAAUUUUGAAUUUUGGUCGAAUUUAAAUUUAAAAACUUCAAAAUCUUGCCAUUUCUAGUGAUGUCAGACGAAGACUUCCGAAGAAUAUCCAAAGUCAUACUAAAUGCUACAGUAAUCGCGGAUGAAGUGGUCAAAUCGAAUAUUCAUAAUGAAAUGAUGUCAGUAUUUGCCGCCAGAAUGCGACCAGGUAGAGCCAUCGAUGACUUGGUUGACUUUGUGAUAGCCAAUGACAUUGAUGAAUGUAUCAGCAAUUCACAUCUUCAAGACGGAUUCUUUGAGCUACUUCAUGUUGUCCUUGUUUGUUCUGAUGAAAUUCAGGUAAAAUACGGGGUGGUAAGAUUUAUAUGGAUUUUUUAGAUUUGUAAAGAAAGUUCUUGCUAUUUUUUGUUUUGUAAAGAAAGUUCUUGCCAUUUUAUUUAAUAGAAAUUUGUUUUGCUAUUUUAUGUUUUGUAAAGAAAGUUAUUGCCAUUUCUUGCUUUGUAGUGAAAGUUCUUGCUAUUUUCUGUUUUGUAAAGGAAGUUCCUGCUAUUUUUUAUAAAUAAUACAAAAUUUUGUGUUCUGCAGCCUGCGGGUGGCAAGAUAUAUGAUAAAUACUAUUUUUUGUUGUAAACAAGGUUUAUGUAAUUUAUAAAACAACGUUUUUUAACAAAUUUGACAUUUUUCAGUUUUGUCGAUGUUUUGACUUGGCAUUGAGCAAGUUUUCACCGAUUUUGAAAAUGGCAUUGACUGACAUCUGGGUACUUUUGUCACCAUCGGCCGAAAACUUUUAUAACGCUUUGAGGAGGUUCUUGACGUUGUUUAAGAAUUGUUAUUGCUGUGAGAAUACGACUGGUAAGUUUAGUUUUGAAAUAAUGUUUUUGAAGUUAGUAUUGCAAGAAUGUUUCUGCAUAAUUUUUAAUUUUUUGGUUAUUUUCUAAAUUUUUAUACGCCUUAUUCUUUCAAUUAGGAAAAAACUUAGAACAGCCGUAUUUUACAAAAAUUUUAGAGAAUUAUAUAUACUGUUUUGAAAAUGAAAAAUUUCAGAAUUGUUUCUAAAAAAUGCAAGUAAAUUGAACCUGGAGCUGCAAACGUUAGCUCAAUCAUCAGUUGAUGUACUACAACAUGGCCAAACAACGACGACCAGGGAGCUGAGCAAAGCUGCUCAACUACUCUCAUUAUUGUCAUUUUUGAUCUUUCAAAGUGAUGAUGUAAGUUUGACCUUUAUCUCGAACUUUUUUUGAUUUUGGAGUUUUGGAAAGAAAGUUUUUGCGAUUUUAAAUGUUUUUGAAAAAAAAUUUUUUUAGAGGUGGAAAGAAAGUUAUUGCGGUUUAAAAUUUUUUGAAAGUUUGGUUUUUAACACUGUAAAGAAAGUUUUUGCGGUUUUGAUUUCUCUUCAAAAUUUAACUUUUUUUAGGCUUUGGGGGUUUGGAAAGAAAGUUUUUGCAUUUUUAAAAAUUUUUCUUGAAAUUGUUAUUUUUUGGAGUUGGAAAGAAAGUUAUUGCGAAUAAAAAAAUUUUUUUAGAAACGAAUUUCACUUUUAAAAACCUCAAUUAAAAAAGUGCUGGACGUCUCAUCGGCUUCAAUCAGCUUCAUGGUACUACAUUUCCUAAUCAAAGAUGGUUACAUUCGAGUUAUAAAACGCUUCGAAAAGUCAGAGCCAAAAGCAAUUCAAGAAGAAUCAGAUGACGAAUGGUCGGAAAGUAUGGAGAAACCGGUCGAAAAGAUGAAUACAGUUUGUUGCGACAAAAUCUUUGGAUUCAUAUUGAAAUUACUGAGAGUUCUGAUGAAGAAGGUCAAGAAAUACACCGAACAACUCGAGUUCGAACUCAUGAUGUUGAUCAACGCGGUUCAGGAUGUUGAAGAUGGGGUUAGGGAUAGUGUAAGUGAAAGGAGGCUCACUAGGCCUUUCUUGUUUUACUAGGUUUGGGUUUGUCUCGCUAGGCUUAAUCGCGGCUUACUAUGCUUGGUCUCGGCUCACUAAGCUCCUUCUCGGCCCUCUAGGAGCGGUCUUGGCUUACUAGUCUUGGUCUUGGUUUACUAAGUCUAAUAUAGUCUCGGUCUCGGCCCACUAGGCCCGGCUUUGGUUUACUAUCACUAGUUUUGGCCUACUAGGCUCUGUCUUGGCUUACUAAUUACGGUCUCGGUCCACUAGGCCCGGUCUUGGUCCACUAGUCCCGGUCUUGAUUCAAAAGGUCCUGUUUUAGUCUAAUAGGCUUGGUCUCACAAUCAGUUCAGCUCAAUAGGUCUUGUCUCGGCCCACUAGCCUGGGUCUACGCAAAUUUGAAUGGAGCUGGGCCGGUUUGACAUGUGGCUCGAGGGCCGGGGGGAUUUCAAAACCAAGUCUUGAUUUGUGGACUGUACUGGGCCGAAAAAUAUGGUUCGGCCUUUAUAAAAAUCAAUAAAGUUUAAAUUUAUAGUACAUUCUUCUUCUCUUCGACCUACUGCAAGACCUGAUAAAGAAAGAAGCCUCCCAAAACCUGAUCAACAAAAUGAUCGACGAGAUUGUAAUGAGGGUAGAACAAGAUCCAAAACCUAUUUACUUGUCCAAACUGAUGGAACACAUUUAUUUAUCAACUGAAACUGCUCAAACUAUUGCCAACUGUAACACAAGGCUAAUGAAAAACAGUCCAGUUCAACCGACAGCUGCUUUGGCUUUCCCACAAGUGGCUAUUGAAGGAGAUACGGUAGGGUAUUGAGGGGGUUUUGUGGUCUAUUUUUGAAGUUUUUGGGGGUUGAGAGAGGUGAUUUGGGUACAAAAUCAUUUUUUAAGGUUACAUUUUGUUAUCUAUGAUAAUAUGUUGCUACAUUUAGCUAUGUUUUCUCAUUUUAAAACUAAUAUACUAACUGUUUUUAGCCAGAAAGACGCUUCAAAAACGUGGCAGCUUAUUUUAAGUUGGAUCCAAUCCACAAUAUUUGUGCUCCAGAUGGAUUAACGUUAUCAUUUUGGUUAUCAGCUGACAGAUCAAUAUCUAAAAAUACAUAUCAAGUAGUCGAAUUUGGCACAAAACGUAUCACUUUAACUAUGGAAGUUGAUUUACAACGCAAUACGAUUGUUGUAAAGUAAGUUAUUGUGAGGUGAACCUGAGCAGGACAGGCCAGGGCAGUGCCAGGUAAUAGAAGGUAGAGUAGGGUAAUGUAAGGCAGGGUACAGUUGAGUAGAGUACGGUAGGGUUAAUAUAGGGUAUGGUAGGGUAGAGUAGGGUAAGGUAAGGUCGGGUAAAGAAGGGUAAGUUAAGGUAGGGUAAGGUUGGGUAGGCUACACUAAGGUAGCAUAGCAUAGGGGGAAGGAUAGAAUAGUUUAAAGUAAGGUAAUAAGGUCUAUUGUACAAUAAUAUAAGCAUGGUAAAUUUUUAAAAUUUUGUAAAAUACGGGGUUGCAAGUUGGUAUUGCAUAUGUAUGUUACUUUUAGAAUAUCAUUCGAAGGCAAUAUGGUGGAGAAAGUAAUAAUAAAAAAGGCAUUUUCAACUAAAAAUGCGUGGACAAAUUGUGUGUUAGGAGUUCAGUGCAGUGAGAAUCAGAUCAAGGCAUUGGUAAGUGUAAAAGCGAACGGUUAAAGGUUUUUUCAAAAUAUUUCAAGCUUCUCUAUACCUAAGUUCUUUUAUAACGAACAAAUUUAAAAAUCCUGAAGCAAUUUGUUGAACAGUAGUUCCACUAUAUCAUUUUUAAUCAAUACCUAACAUUGUAAUACUCCCCUUCUUUCUAGAUCCUCUACGGCACCCGCCUUCGUCAAGUCUCUCUACUAAACAAGGACUACGUCGGAGACCAAAACCCAUUUUACGUUUCAUUUGGAGCAACGACAAAAGAAGAAACUCAACAAUACUAUGCCAUCAGCAAUGUCCUCGGCUUCAAAGGCGUAAUAACAACUGAUUGUGCGAUAUUACUCAAGGCUAUGGGCGUAAACAGAGCCUCACUGAACUGUUGUGUCCUAGGCCAAACCAACUUUUCAUUCCAAAAUUGUGUCAGUCAUAGUUUGGUGGAGACGAAACCAGAUCUACACAAGCUGUUUGCUGAUCCCAAGUUUUACUUGGAUAAGUUGCAGGUAGCCUUUUUUGGUCUCAACGUUUUAAAACGACAAGACUUUCUUAUUUUAAAGUUCAAAAACAAUAAUGAUUUAUCUUGUUAUCAUUGCAGAGAAGCCUUCUAGUCACAAUAUUCGCCGACAAAGCUGAUUGCUACAACUUGAGUGUCCUUCAAAGAGGUAUGGAAGUGGAAAAGUUCAAUUCAGGCCAAACCUUGUUCCUAACCAUAUCACAAGAAAUACCUCUAAAAUGGCAAUGUGUUAAUGAAUGUGUGAAAAGAGACGACUUUGAUAGAUCACUCACUACUAUUGGUCAUAUCAAAGUAUUUUUACUCUACUUUGCAUUGGUAAGUAUGGUAGAAUGAGUAAAAUACGAAAAGUUCACGUUCGAAAAAAAGUUGGGUCUUAAAACAAAAACAUGGAAUUUUGAAAAAUGGGUUGGUUGGAUAACGAUAAUUUUAUAAAUAUUGAACAACGAAGCGUAUUUUACAUGUUUUGAUAAUUUUUGUUAACUGGGUUAGGUCUUACAACGAAAACAUUAUUAAAAACUUUUUACAUAUAAUUUGCGGUUAAAAAUGAAAAAAAUAUAAGUUUUUGAUCCAUUAUUCGUAUAUUACAUAUGAAAUUUUAUAAUCAAAGUGGGUCCCACAACGAAAACAUUUAUUUUUAUUUUUUUAAGUAGUUGUUUAUAUCAAUCUGAAAGUCAUUAAAAAUAUGCAAUUAUGAUCGUAUUUUAGACUUACUAUUUGAUAAUUCCAUCAGUUUCCACAGUAGUUGUGUCUCGCCACGAAAAAAUGAUUUUCUAAAAAUUACUGAGAAUAAUUUAUUGUGAAUACAUAUUAAGCAAAAAAUACAGUAAAAUGAUAUUAUAAUAAAGUAAAUGAGUGCUUUUUACAGACAGUCGACCGAGAUUACUCAGCAGAAACACAAGCAGAAGCACUGAACACACUAAUCACGGCUCUAAAACGAGAUCCUACGGCCUACGCGGCCUUUGUCGAGCUAGAUGGACACUCAGUGUUGGCCAGGAUAUUCAUGUCCAACAAGUUUUUACUAUCAGAUCAGGCUUUUCAGGUAACGAAUUUUGAUUUUUGUGAUAAAUUGGGGGUUUUGAUUGAGCUUUUUGCCUGUUGUUGAUUUUUUGAAAAUAUUAUUAGGUUGUAUAAAAAGUAAUGAGCUAUGUUUCUCAUAGCAAUAUGGAGCUUUGUAGCUCAUUAUUUUUUAUACAAUUCGAUAGGUUGUUAAAAUAUUUCUGUGUUCUUUCUUAAACCAAAUUUUUGGGUUUUAGAAGGCACAGAAGUAUUUGAACAGUCUAAUACGAGGCUCUCGUUGGUUUUAUCAUUGUUAGCCUGGUAUUUCUAUUCUAUUUGUGCCCAAAUUUACUUUAUUUUAGGUGUUAACUUCUUUCAUAUUCACCUCAUUUUAGGUCCUAACCUCUUUCAUCUUCACAAAACUCGAACAAGGCCAAAAAGAAGGCAACGAAAACACUAUAACAACAUCACCACACACAUUGAUAACCGAGCCCAAGAUGUUGGUAACACUAAUUUCGACCGUUUCAAUGUGGAAACAUCAAGAUUUUAGUAAAUUUACAAAUUUGAUAAGGAUAAUAUACUCUUCAACUGGUGAUAACAGCUAUUCAAGGAAGGUGAAGGUCUUCAAUUUGGCACAAUUAGCAACCUACAAUUUUCUACAAACUCUGCUUACUGUAAGUUUUUUAAUUGGAUGGUUUCGGAACGAGAUAUGUUGAGUUAGAGAUGUUGGGGUGGUGAGUGGUCAUGGAUAAUAUAAUUUUUUAUUUUUGUGGGAGUUAUAGUUUAAAUUGGUUAAAAAGGCUGAUUUAUUUUGAAAAAUAUGUUAAUUUAAAACCUUUUAAAAAAUUUUAAAGGUAAAAUACGGAUUCGAUGUCUUGAUAUACUAACAAUAAUGUAAUAUUGCUUCAGAGCCUAAUGGAGAUGCUCAAAUACCCAUAUCAGUACAAGAUAAAGCCAGAGAACGAAGUUUUUGCCGAAAUUUUGUGUAGUUUAGUUAGAGCAUGCUUGGAUUCACCUUACAAUUGUAAACAAGUAUCUCAACUUUGGGACUUUAUAUUGUUAUCACACCCAGCACCCGACUUUUACAUUGACAAGAAUAUUCAAGGGAAGGGGGAUUGGAUUCAGUAUGGUAGGUUGGAGGGGGUUUUUAAAAGGUGUGUAGUCAGGGAUGUUGCGGAAGGGAUUUAUCUCCUUCCUCGGCUGAUCCGACAAAAAAUUUACGGGUAACCAUUACGCGGAAUAUUGGGAAAAGUAGAUUCACAUAGCUACGCGUCUGCAACUCCUUAACAAAAGGUCUUUAAAAGACCACGCCUUCCGCUUAUUCUUUUUUACUAUGCUUGCCACAGCCUUACCUUAUAUUUAUUUACAAUUCCACAAACCCUAGCUCAGCCUACCUUUUUCUCUAUUUAAAGCCAUACCAUAGACUCUUUCUACCCCUUUUCUAAACUUGUGAUUUCAGAAGAAACCGGUUUUACAGUAACCAAAGAACAAGAACGACAUGAAUCAGAAUUAUGUGAACUUUUAAAUCAAAUGACAAAAUUACAUAGUAAAGACGAAAUCGAGAGUGUUUGGGCCUCAACUAACUCGCUACUUGCUAUCAGGAAGACCUUCUUGGACAAAAGUGAUAAUACGUAGGUUCUUAAGAGUCAACAUCGUUUAAAUAAUUCUGUGCUUUUUUUCAAAGCAAAAUUUUGGGUUUGGGGGCACAUAAUUAUUUGAAAGACUUAACAAAAUAAAAAGUCUUAAUUAUAAAGUGAAAAUUACAGUAAGCCCCGCCCCACCUCGCCAAUACGGCAUCUACCCUACAACGGAGACUGUCCAUGUGAAGAAAGGAACCGUGCUGUCAGCGAAAUCCCAAACACGGAACAUUGGCUAGUCCAAUUCAAAGCCAAUGUCAUCUCACUGAUGGCUGAGGUUGUGUUCAAUUGCAACGACUCGUUAAUGGCUGUUCUCCAACUCGACAUCAUUUAUUGGCCUGCCAUUUUGGUACUACUCACGAAUCAAAAACACACAAAAGUGCGGACAUUGACCAUCAAAUUGUUGGUCAAUUUCAUGGUAAGUGAGGUUUUUUGAGUUGGGACAAGAAACUGUGUUACGAUGACGGGUUUAAUGGAGAAAUAAGUCAUAAUGACGGAUUUAAAAAUUAAAAAUAUGUCAUGAUGACGGAUUAAAAAUUAAUAAUAUGGCAUGAUGACGGAUUUUUUAAAUAUAAAAUGUGUCACGAUGAUGGGUUUUGUGUUAAAGUGUAAUGAGUACUGAUUUUUUGAGAAAAAAGUACAUCGUGAUGACGAAUUUUUUAAAAUAAAAGAUUUCAUAAUGACUAGGCUUGUUAAAAUAAAAUACGACAUGAUGAUUGAUUUUUGAAAAAGAUAUGACAUGAUGACGGAUUUUUUCGAAUUAAAGGUCUCAAAAUUACUAAUUUUGUAAAAUGAGACAUGUCCCGAUGACGGAUUUUUUGUAAAAUGAUUUAUGAAGAAGAACUUUUUUGUUGUAAAAUACGGUUUGUGCUCGUCUUUUUGUAGUAAAAAAUGUCAUGAUGACGGAUUUUUUAUAAAAAAGAGGACAUGAUGACGGGUUUUUUAUAAAAAAUAUGACAUGAUGGCGGAUUUUUUAUAAAAAAGAGGACAUGAUGACGGAUUUUUUCAAUUUCUUUAUUUUUAAAAUAUUUUAGCUUCGAGUCGAGCGAAAACAUCGAAAAAGUUUUGUUGACCAGAAUGGCUUCGUCUUUCUGGCCAACGAACUAAAGAAGACCAAGUUCAACUACGAUGUAGCCGACGCCAUUUUCUCUCUAACAUUCGGCGAACAUGUCAAAAUUCAAAACGGAAUCGACUCAGGACAUUUGGAAGACUUUCGCUAUGACAAGUUCCAAUCAGCUAGCUUCAUAUCACUCUUGGCUGGACUAGAACAGUCGGUCGAAGAUCCGAAUUUGUUUUGGAAUGUGUGUUCAACUAUUGAAAAGAUGUUGGCUGGAAGUGUAUUUGCAAGGACAACGUUCUUGGAACAUGGAUUGGUGGCUAGCAUGGUGGCGGUUUUGGUCCGGAUGGACGAGCUUCAUCAUACGUAAGAGAGGAAUCUUUUCUAUAACUUUUAUAUAUUAGGUAGUUCAAAUAAUUCUGUGCUUCCUAACCUCUAAAAAUAGCUUUGAGAGGGAGCACAGAAUUAAUUGAACAACCUAAUGUAACGAUGGCAUAGGUAUUAGGUGCCGACAUAAAGAACCCGCCAUACUUUUCCUCUAAUUUCCUGUAAAGAAUGGCGGGUUCUUUAUGUCGGCACUUAAUAAUUUGGCAGUAAGGGUUAGAGAAAGAGUAGAGAUACAGUUAAGGAAGGGCUGAUGUAAACAACAUCCUUAAUAUUCCAGAGAAUCUCUAAACGGACCGAUCUUUCCAGUCCUAGACUGCUGGAUGAAGCUGGCUCGCUGUUUAAUUCAAGGCAUCAUACCAUACAAGAACAAGAAGGCUGUACAACGAUGUGAAGACCUGAUUUACUUGGCAUUCGGAGUGGAAUGGAAGAGAGACAAAGAGAAACGAGAGAGACAUUCGAUCAGCAUGAGGCGAAUGCUAUGCCAUGUUAUUGUAGUAUGGGUGGAGAGUAUUCAAAACAUUCUGUCGGAUCCUAUGAAUAAUUUUAAAAGCUUGGCGGAUUUUAGUAGGUUUUUUAAAUUUGGCAGAGGUUGGGAUGUGGGGGGGGGGUAAAAAUUUUUUUGAGGGGCUGUUUUUUAUUUUUUGAAAUUAAAAAAAUAUUUAAAGGGAGAAGUUUUUUUUUCAAUUUUUUUGAUAGGGCGGGGUAAAAAUUUUUUCGGGGGUGGAUUUUAAAAAUUUUUUUUAAAAAAAUAUUAUUUUAAAAACUUAUAAAAUGGGAAGGCUAAAAAUAGAAGGGGGUCGAUUUAAUUUUUUUUGUGUAUAAAAUUGUUCAAAUAGUAGUGAGCCCCUUAAAAACGAGAAUUUGCCUUAAAAGGAGCUCAGAAUUAUUUGGACAAUCUAAUAUAAUGCUAUGUGGUAAAAAAAUAACAUUUUUAACAUAAAAUGACAUUUUGAAAUAAACUUUCAGAUCUAUCAGAUGAAAGCUCAGAAUUUGAGGUCCUAGGAGCCGACUCCGACUUAGACUCAUAUUACACUCACCCAAUCAGCUACGUACCUAACAGAACUCCAAAAACACCAAUCGAAUUGGCAGCAUCGGAAGAACUGGCUCAACGCUUAAGCUUUGGCAUUCAAAUGGCAGCAAACGUCUUUCUAUACUUACAACCGAGUACAAUAAUGUGCGAUGAGGAAGAGAACCUCUUUGACAAACUACUACAACUUCUGUUCCAACAUCAUAUCAAGGUACAGGACGAAUGGCUCAAGUGUUUAGGCUUAUGUAAAGAGAAGAACAAGCUUAUCUUGGCUGAUAUUAUAGCAUUCUUGUUGUUUGAUGUACAGUCGAAGAUCAGAGAGGAGACGGUGGAUGAGGGUUUUCAAAUCAUAAAGAGGUUAAAAGUGGUGGAUUAUUUGGAAAAGGAGCUUCAGGUUAACAGGAUUGGGCUUAUCAAUCUGUUGGAGAUCAACUUGGUAAGAGUUGAAAAGGAAUUUAUGGGUUUUUGAAGGUUUUUGAUUGAAAAAAGGCAUGGAUAAUAUAAUUAUGAUAAUAUUUUGGUAUCUUACUCUACUUGACAUUAUCCAUGCUUUCUUUUCAGUUCUAGGAAUCGUUUUUUAGCGUACUCACAGAAGCAAACAAUGCUUAUAUGAAGCAUAUAUUUCAAGCAUUAGUCCUGCAGCUUAAAAAAUGAAUGUCUUGCAGGCUGCGCAGCAUGGGCGCAGCUUGCCAGUAAAAAUUUUGAUUAGAAUCGAUGCUUUUAGUAAGAUUUUUAUUUCAUUUUGCUGUUACUAGCACUAUUAUAAUUUUUUUAGUACUAUUUUAAUGUUUCUACGACAAAUUUGAUAUUUUCAGGACUACCAAUACGCCUUCAAAAUAGCCUUACAUGAACUAGGCUUAAUCUCACGGUUUUGGGCAUUGGUCGAUUCAGAACAAGCCUAUUCCAAGUUGGACAAGCUUCUAAAGUUCUUACGAGCUAUACAAUUGGAUUCACCGUUGUCGAAUUUAACUGAUCGUGAGUAAAAUACGUUUUAUAAUAUUUUGAUAAAUAAACCGAAGACAAAUUUUUCGUAUUAUUUUGUUCAAAUAAUUCUGUGCUUCAUAACUUCCAAAAUUUGCUUUGAGAGGGGGUGCAGAAUUAUUUGAACAAUUAAUAUAUUGUCUGGCGAUUUUAAACCUAAAGACCUUACUAUGUUAAUGUAGAAUAUUAACAUAGUUAUGAAUAACAAAGCUUGAAUUGUAUUUCUUUCUGGUCAAAAAGCGUUGAAAUUAAGUAAAAUACGAAUAUACAAUUAACAAUUUUUAUCUUUUAAAGUUUAAUGAUUUUUUUAGCAGAAUUAGUAGCUCUAUCCACCGAUGAAGACCUGCUGAUUCAGACCUAUCAUGAAAAGUUCACCAAUAUGGGCUCGAACCUGUACUUUAGAGUGAAAGCGAUUCAGAACAAAGAAGAGAUCUUCUUGCGGACCAUUGGAGAUGUUAGUUUUUGAAUUUUAUUUUUAAAAAUCUUGAACAAUAAUCAAUUUUUUUUAAUCAAUUUUAAAUCUUCUGUUUCAGAAAGCCAAUGAUCUAACCUGUGAAUUAGCCAAACUCCAAGGAAUCCCUCGCAAAACCUCGACCGCCUUCAGGAAACAAAACCAAUCUAAUGUCAACAAAGCUGCUGAAACACUGUGGAAUUUGGUCAGAGAACUGUGUCAUCCUUCGGCCGUAUUUUAUGAUUCCGAAUCGUGGCCACAGGGCUGGUCUUUGGAUACGACAGAGAAUUUGAAAAGAGAAAGGAGAAGGUUGAAACCGUGUAGAUAUCAGUUUCAGGAACGAUUCUUGAGGAGAGAGAAGAGGGAGUUGGUAGGUUUUUUGGAGGUAUAGAUGUGGGUUUGUAUGGGCAAUGAGUAGGGAUGGGUAUUUGGUUUUGGUUAGAGAGGGUGUGGGUUUUAGGGGGGUGAUUUAUGGGUACGGGUGGGUUGUUUAGGGUGUAUAUUGUGGAUUAUAGAGGGUUUCUUUGAUUACUCUGUUGACUAUAAUGGAUGACCAAUAUAAUGUUAGAAUCUCCAGGAAAUUAGCUUUCUUUAAAGUGUAAUAUUAACCUAUAUCUUUGAGUAGUAGACUUAUAUUGACCAAUUCUUUGAGGUAUAGGCCGUUCUAAACUUGCUAAAUAUUUUUUUUAUUUUUGAGUUUGCCAUCUGUAAUAUAGGCUCUAUUGGCCAUAGUUUCUCUUUUUUUUUGCUGAACCUAAUUUUUAAGCUAUAUUCUUGUACUAAUGAUCUAAAUCUAUUACAUAUUUGUACUAUUUCAGGCCCAAAAGAACGCCCGCUCUCCCCAACCUCUUCAACGACUCCUAGCCGGCUCUGUAGCCAAAUCGACUGUCGAAAUAGAGGCCCACACCCAAGUCAGAUACUCUCUCAGUGCUGUCCUAGUACGAACUUUCUUUGAAUGCUCAGGAGAGAUUGUAAUAUCUGACAAAAAGCUCUAUUUCCUCGGGGAAAUGGCCAAAACAACCCAAAAAGGUCAACAAUACGAACCUGUCCACUACUCAUGGAGCUUCGAACAGAUCCGAGAACUACAGUCAAGAUGGUACUUGUUGAAGGAUACAGCGGUAGAGUUGUUUACCACGACUGGUGAUGCUUUCAUGAUGGUUUUUGCUACGACAGAACAGAGGAAUUCGUUGUUAACACAACUGAUUUCAAUGAAUUUGGCCGCGCUGAUGGUGGAUCCGCUGGUACAGUUGAAUAGUGCUACUAAACUGUGGAGAAAUGGACUUAUAACUAAUUUUGAGUAAGAGAAGGGUUGAAUUUAUAUAAAUUAGAAGUUUGUCGAACGUAUUUUACAUUUUACAACACGUUAUAGCAUCAAAAUGGCACUCAAUAAAAUUUUAAAACUUUAUUUUAAAAUUUUAAAUAUUAGGUCGUUCAAAUAAUUCUGCCCUCUUUUUUUAAAGCAAAUUUUAGAUUUAAGAGGCACAGAAUUAUUUGAAAAAACUAAAAAAUAUGGUUUUAAAAAAUUUUUGCGAUUUAAAAUACAAAUUUAGUUACCUAAUUGUCUUAAACAAGCUAGCCGGACGCUCGUUCAAUGAUCUCAUGCAAUAUCCAGUGUUCCCAUUCAUCUUAUCGGAUUAUUCUUCAAGUUUACUCGACUUGACUUCACCUUACUCGUUCAGGUUGGUUUUUUUUAAAUUAAAAAAAAUUUUUUUUGCCGUUUUGAAAAUAUUGUUUAUGGCACUGUUCAACAUAACAAACCACUUAAUUUCUUCCAGAGAAAGUGGGGGGGGGGAGAUGAAAAAAAAAGGUUUUUUUUAUUUUGGUUUUUUUUGUAUUAGGUUGUGUAAAAAGUUUUGAGCCACAAAACUUUAUAUAAGAAAUAUUUUAUUUUGGAUUAAAGUCGUAGCAAUAAACGCAAAUUGAUACUGUUAGACCUAAUAGCCUUUAAAAUUUUCUUUCCAGAGACCUUGCCCGCCCAAUGGCGAUUCAAGACCGCAAAAUGGAGCAAGUCUACACGCAAAGCUACAACGCCCUCAACGAAGAACAUAACAAACCUCAAACAGAACAAGUCUACUCAGCCUCAUACCUAGGGCCGUAUCAUUACGGCAGUCACUACUCAAACACAGGAAUAGUCGCCCACUACAUGGUACGAGUGGUACCAUACACAAAUGUAGCAUUAGAGUACCAAGACAACAACUUUGACAUACCAGAUCGACUGUUCAAUACCUUGGAGACAACAUGGAGGUUGUCGAGUUCGGAAUCGACUACCGACUUUAAGGAGCUGAUUCCAGAAUUCUUUUUCUUUCCUGAAAUGCUUCAGAAUCGCGAGAAUUUGGAGCUAGGCGUAAGACAGUCUGGUGUACAAGUAGAUCAUGUUAUCCUUCCUCCAUGGUGUCCCAGGGGCAAUUCUCGACUGUUCUGUUUGAUUCAUCGACAAGCAUUGGAAAGUCUUCAUGUCACUUUGGCCCUACACAAUUGGAUUGAUUUGAUCUUUGGCUACAAACAAAGUGGUGAAGCCGCCAUCAAGGCUGUCAAUGUGUUUCAUCCAGCUGUGGGUUUAUAUUACUCAUAGUUUUGUAUGGGUUUGAGGUUUUUAGGUUAAUAACUAUUUUGGUAGGGGGCGCAGAAUAAAGUGAACGGCUGAAUAUUAAUAAAAGAAGAAUGUGAUAUACAUCUCAAAGUUAAUGAAGAUGCAAUUUCAGACCUACCGCGGCCGAGACCUAGAGAAAGAAAGCAACACCGACGAGGUCUUUAUGUCGGCCGUCAAAACUAUGGUACGAACCUAUGGCCAAAUGCCAGUCCAACUCUUUAUUUCACCACAUCUACCCCAUCUAGAGACUGGCAAAUGUAUAGCCACGCCAAACGUGGAAAAUCAAUUGUUGCCAUCCGUUCGCGGCAUUAGAUGGGGCGAUUUCGUGGGAAGCCCGGAUACAGAUGACAAGUUGGCAUUCGCUCCUCAAUGCAUCUUCAAACUGGAGGCUUAUGAACGGUAAGGGUAGAAAAGGGGCGAUGUAUGGUAGGGUAAGGUAGGGUAGAGUAGGGUAAGGUAGGCUAGGGUAGGGUAAAGUAGGGUAGGGCAGGGUAGAAUAUGGUAGGGUAGGGUAGAGUAAGGUAAAGCAGGGUAGUUAAAUUAGUAAAUUUUAGAAUUGACCACCUAACCACAAUCCACCAAGAAGGCCACCUCAUCUGCUACGGAAUGCCAGAAGACACGGCGAUGGUGGCCAAGUACAAAAGUGACAAAACCGAUGCACUUCGACGAAACUUUGAACUCUCAAUGACAGCCGUCUUAUCAUGGCGCUUCUCCGACCGUAUUUUACGAAUCAAACCGGUCCAAGUUGAGGACUCAGUCUGGGUCAAUCUGCUGGACUUGCACCUAUUUCAAGUCAGUCAAUUGGUAUAUUCACCUAGCAACGAUCUCAUGUACAUUGGAUUUACAAAUGGCUUGAUCAAGGUUUAUAAUCUGGUGUUUGAUACGAAUACGGCGGGUUUUUAAGCUUUUAUUUUUUUUGAGGGGGGGGAGGGAAUGUGAUUUAGGAGGGAGAGGGGGAGGGGAUUGUAUAAUGAAUUUUUUUGUUAAAAUUUGAUAUUUUGCAAAUUUUUAAGAUUUUUGACAGUUUUCGCUACAUUUUGUAUUCAUUUUAUUAAAAAUCAUGUUUUCGUGGUGGGACCAUUUUUUAAAGUUGAUUUCCUUAUUUUACCAAAACUUUAUAAUUUAAAGUACAUUAUUUUAAAGAUUUUACGAUAUUUUUAUAAAGAUCAAGCUUAAUUGCUUAUUUUUAAAAAUUCAAGUUUUUCGUGGUGGGACCAAAGGUCGAGUAAAUUUGUUUAUGUUACCAAAAAUUUUGACUUUAAAAUCACUUUAUUUCAAAUAAUUUACAAUAUUUUUCUAUAAAAAUUUAGCUUAUUUGUUAAUUUUCAAAAGUUCAAGUUUUCGUGGUGGGACCAUUAUAUAAAAUAAUAUAGUUUUACUGUUAAAUUUAAUUACAAAAUAUAUUUCAGAAGAUGUUUAAUUGCACACAAAAAGGCGAGUUACAUGCACACAAAGUGGCAAUCUCAUCGCUGAGCAUAUCUGAAACUUUCCAUAUAUUACUAUCAACCAGUCAGGACUCCACUCUCAUUGUUUGGGACACUAAUCGGUAAAUUUUUUUGAAAAUUAAAAAAAAAUGGUUUUUAUGACAAAAGUUUAUGUAUAGGGUAUGGUUUUUGCAUAUUUUUGGUGUAGGGGGGGGUGGAUUUUGAAUUUUUGAAAAUGUUAGGUCGUUCAAAUAAUUUUGUGCCUUACUUCAAAGCUAAUUUAUGAAAUCAGGGGGCACAGAAUUAUUUGAACAACCCAAUAUAAAAGUUAAAAAAUUUUCUUAUAAAAAUGUCAUUUUAGCCUCGAGUUCAUCCGAACCCUCGACCCCCACCCACGGUCUGUCCCAGUUCAAGAAACUGCCACUUUAUCCUGUAUUUCACAAAUCAAUGCGGAUAUGGCAGUGGUAUUUGAUUCGAAACUUGGCAGUCGAGUCAACUUAUACACAGUUAAUGGAGACCUAAUCGGAACUCAUCAGGACGAGAUGAAGGUCACCAGUAUGACAAUGACAAAUCUUGAUGAAGGACUGGGAGUGAAUUGUCUAGCUUUAGGCUUACAAACCGGAGUCAUCAGGCUUCUGGAAAUGUGGACGUUGAGCACGAUACGAUUGAUUUCUUGCCAGAAUCUUCAUGCUCCGGUGGUUAGGUAGGGAUUUGAAGUUUGUGAGGGUGGGGACGGGGGAGGGGGGACGGUUUUGAAAAUCAGUGGUAUCAGCAGGGUUGGGGAGGGUAUGGGCUUUAUUUUUUUAAGAGAUCUUUGGCUGUUUUUUAAUGGAGAGGGGGUGGUUUUUUAUAGGCAGGGUUAGGAAAGAGCUAGGGGUUGUCUUUGGAUAGAAGAAACGGAAGCUAAACCAAGCUAGGGCUCGUUUAAGGCUAGAUAACUAGGAGGUAAGCCUUGGGCAGGGUUAGUAGAGAGAAGUUAAGCUUUAAGUUUAGGGCCUGGUAUUUUUUAAAAGAUUUUUUUUGAAGUAGCAGGGACAUAUUAGGCUGAACCAAAAGUAGCAGGACAUUUUUCAGUUAUUUUCCACUAAAAUGUGUCCCGUUACUUUAGGUUCAAGCUAGUAGCUAGAGCAGGAUCUCCAUCCCUCCAUAGCCGAUUUGAAAAAACAAUUUUAGGUUAAUACCUGUGUGAAAAAUUGUAAUUUUUUUGAAAAAUGGGUACAAGCUGCCUUUGAACCAAAAAAUAUUUGAUUUUUACUUCUUACCCCUCCUUUCCUUAAAAAAUAUGUAACGACGUCCCUGAGGAGUGGUUAAUUACAAGUUAAAAGUUUAUGAAUCAUAAAACAGGUAAAAUACGGUUCGACAUUUGACUUUUAAUUAUUUGUUUUAUUUUCAGUCUCCAAUUCACGAACGAAAGCCGUCGAUUAUACGCAGCUUUGGCCAACUCUCAUGUUUUAUGUUGGCAAGUCCCAUCCUUGUCCAAGGCCAAGAAUUCAUCAUUCAAAAUGCUGAAUCCAUUCCUCUGA